UAAUGUCCCUUUUUCAUGUCCGCUGUCUGUCUCGCUGUCAUCCAUUGCUACGCAGCGGGAGAACCGUCAGCCAUAUUGCAGCUGCUCCACGUUUAUUAUUGUGUUGCUUAUUUUCCUUGGCGUCAUUGAAGGCGUGUCCGCCUCCCGUUGAAGACACCGAGGCUUGGUGGGGAAAUGACACCUUCACCCACGUUGAUUUGUUGGAUUUGAUGAGCAGGGAGCAGGCGGCGUGCAAGGGCACCCAGAGGAGACGAUGCUGACCAGGGAGGAGUAAAACAGGAAGUGGAACUGCCAGGAGUCAUCGGACACUUUUUUUUUUUUUUUUUCCUGCUGCUGGAUAAGUUUGACAGGCAAGAUUGGAAGAAGAUACCCACUGAAGCUAAGUGUUAUCAUUGGAAGAAGGUAUUGUCAGAGCAUGAGUUUGUAGCGGGGGCACGUGGCGCUGCAGUGACCAUGCUGACGUGAUCGCGGGAGCGAGGCAGGGUCGCCAGGGGCCUGGCAACACAUGUGACCACCAUGCUUUUUGUUGUGGACAGACGCCAACGUUGAACCCUGCUAUCUCUGCCCGGUCAAACUUCAGCUGACGCUUUUCCCAGCGAAAGCCAACAAAGCUUCAGGACCGCCUCCGUGCCGACGGAAAUUGCUCUUUUUUCCCCCCAGCAUUAUUCACCCCCGACUAGAAUUCUCCGUCCACUCCGGUUGCCGCGUUCCUUGGGCGAUGGCGGUCAGCAUGAGCAUGGGGCGGGACACCAAAUGGUUGACGCUGGAAGUGUGUCGGGAGUUCCAGCGAGGCACCUGCUCGCGCUCGGACGCCGACUGCAAGUUCGCCCACCCCUCCCGCAGCUGCCACGUGGAUAACGGCAGAGUCAUCGCCUGCUUCGACUCCCUCAAGGGCCGCUGCACACGAGAGAACUGCAAGUACCUGCAUCCGCCUCCACACCUGAAGACCCAGCUGGAGAUUAACGGCAGGAACAACCUGAUCCAGCAGAAGGCAGCGGCGGCCAUGUUGGCUCAACAGAUGCAGUUCAUGCUGCCUGGAGCCCAGCUGCAGCCCAUUACUACAUUCCCACUCACACCCUCCCUGGCAAGCAGUCCCAAUAUGGCCUUCAGUCCGUACCUGAGCCACAUGUUGAUGCCCGAGAUGUUGCCCUGCACCCCCCUGCUGGUCCCUGGAAGUCCCACUGGCCUGGCGUCCAUGGGGAACGGCACGGUUGGACCCAAGCACGCACGCACAGACAAGCUGGAGGUUUGUCGAGAGUUCCAGCGCGGGAACUGCACACGGGGGGAGAGCGAGUGUCGCUACGCUCACCCCCUGGAGGCGGGCAUGGUGGACUGCAACGAGAACUCGGUCAUCGUCUGCAUGGACUACAUCAAGGGGCGGUGCAGCAGGGACAAGUGCAAGUACUUCCACCCUCCCACUCACCUGCAGGCCAGGAUCAAGGCGGGCCAGCACCAAGCUGGACCAAACAGCGCUUCUGCGGCCUUGCCGUGUGGUCAGGGUCUGCCACCAGGAAGCGUGCAGUCGCUACCCAAGAGGACCAUGAUGGACAAGAGCAACGGUGCCCCCGCCGGUGCCACGGUCUUCAACCCCAACAUGUUCCACUACCAGCAGGCCCUGACGAGCAUGCAACUUCAGCAGCCCACCUUCAUCCCCACUGUAGAACCUUCUGAGCUUCUGACGCCAGAGCCAGUGGAGCUGCAGUGCGUGCCCAUGGAAACACACCUCUGCCCGGUCCCCAAACUGCUGAUGGCGGCUCCGGUGGCGCUCAAUUCAGUAAGCCUUUCCCGACACGCCAGUUAAGGUCCCCACAGUCAGGUGCGGUGCGGCGACGCCGGCGCUCCGUGCUUCUAAGGGCGCCCGCCCGGGAGGCUCUAGAGCCGCCAUGUUCCUACAGCCAUACAUACCGACACCUUAAAGUGCACACACCACAUGCACGCAAACUUACAUCAACUACACAAAUGAAGACACACAAAGAAAAGACCCUUUAUGGGUUGGACUCAUCUCAUAAGGCAGCCCAACCUUUGACUGUUCCAAAGUCAGAAGCUAGUUCUGGAAGAAGAAGAAGAAGAAGAAGAAGAAUAGUUGAAUGGCUUCACCACCAUGACAUGUUUACAGGUGGAACCUCCUUGAAGUGUUUGCUUUGUCCUACGUGGGCCACUUGGUUGUGCCUUGGUUUCAGCUGCGGAGGAGACUUGGAAGCAACAUAAAAAGUCCAAAAUGAACAUUUGAUGAAGGCAAACGACAACGUUUGUAUUGUCAGUCUUCAAAAUCCAAACUAAUUGAAUCCCAACUCAAUGACAAAAAAUGCUGAUAUCAGUUUGGACUUAAAACCUGGUCUCUAUUUGGUUUAACAGUUCCAGUGCAACCUCCAAAUCAAGACUGUCAAAGUUUUACUUUAACUAAUAACUUCUUUUUAACACAUCUGUAUGGCAGUUAAGAAUGUUACAAUAUCACUGAAAACAUCACCUGUGCAGUUAAUACAGACUUUUAAGACCCGGGAACAGAUUUGUUAUACAGUGGUACCUUGCUUUUCAGCCCAAAUCGUACAAAAACCGAAGCAGUUGUUCCUAUAAUCACCGACGUGUGGUAUUUCCUUCUGGUGACGUUGCGGAAUGAUACGCGCAGGGUUUCCCCAAACAUAUUUGAUUGUGACGCUGCGCCACAGCUACAUCGGUGGUGGUGGAUUUCAAUAGUCGUUUUCUGACUGUAGGGACUUUUUGGAGUUCCUAUAACCUUUUUAGUCCCCGGGCCGUUUUUCUUCGUGUUCCGACAAUACGGGAGCUAGGGACUACACUUUGAAAAUGAGGGUUUUGUGCGCGAAAACAAAAUAAAUGAAUAUAAUGUCUUGCAGCGUCCAGAAGAAGGCACACAAAGUCUGACGCUCUUUUUAUCUUUUAUUGCCAAUUUUAGCUAAGAACGGGCCAAUUUCCUUUGUUAACGCACGUCUGCACCUUUCAUUCUCAGACACACAACACUUCCUCAUUCUCCACCAAUGCGGUGUGUUCACAGACCAUGGGAAAAAUCAACAUCAUAACAUACUAACAUACACAUUAAACUCAGCAAGUAGUUACAGUUGA